AUAUUUAUAACCGAUUUCCUGCAGCGAGAUCCACAUUAUUUUAUUAAAUCCAGAGAUGCAGGGAUGCAGUAAAUCAGGUGAAGAUGCUUAAUAUGGAUUUUUUUUCCCUUCAUACAGCCAACUAAGGGUGAACUUUAAAUCAAUUUAUGAUAUUUUCUUGUAAAGCCGAAAAUUGCACUUUUAAAUAAUAAUUAAAAAAAAACAUGUAUUCGUGAGUGAAAUGUUUUUCACGUACUCUGAUGUCUAAAAUGCGGUCUUAACCUGACUUUAGCACAUCGCCAUGAUAAAAACUAAACGCAUCACAGAGCUUUUACUUUGAAAGCAACAAACGGAAACUUCAUUUUUAUUCCGACUGACUCACUUCCACUUGUCCCCCCAUGUACACCGUUCCGGCUGAAGGUGGAGUGUGUUAAUGGUGGAAAGAUGAGCCAAAUCGAAGAGCUUAAAGUGUUUGUCUCCGAGCGGCUGCAAGCUGCUGCUUCAGAAAUAUUAGGCGCUAUUGAAAAAACAAUAACGGAUUACGAGGAGCAGGCUUCCCGUUUGAAGGACGAAAACGACCGUCACCGCUCUCUGCUGGACAUUAUCCUCAAAUCCAAGUUACCGCAGGCAGGAGCAGGUCAUGCCAUCAAAAAUACUUCUGCUGCUGCCAGCACAGGUGCAUCAGAUUCAGGUUCUACAUGCAAAGCCAGAGAAACUUCCUGCCAUUCCAGUGAUUUGCAGUGUGUCUUCACCUCACGCACCGACUUCUUAAAGUUUGCAGCCAAUGACAACUGUCCCUACUGCCUCAAGAGAAUCCAGGCCUCUGAGACACAUUUGAUGAGAAGGCAUUAUUUGUUUGCGGUUCAUUUUACUGAGAAUGGCACUGAAAAAUUUGUGGUACCGUGUAUGUGCAAAGACAGAAUCCAGGGAAGAAGUCACUGGCACUGCCCAUAUUGCAAAAAGAUAAUUUAUCGGAAAUGUAACUUUGAGGGGCACAUAUCGAAACAACAUGGUUAUGCAAUACUGCAGCAAAGUCAAGAUACAGACAUCGAUCAUCCAUCUGUCUCUGUCUUUGAGGAGGAGGUCCCCCUGAGUCCUGAACCCUGGUGUCAGCAGGAGCUUGGUAGUCUGGACCAGGAGGACCAAGAGGCCUCACAGGUGCUUCAAGUCAAAGAAGAAGAGGGAGAGGAAAUGUGGAGCCAAGAUCUGGCAGAAGAGCAUGUGAGUCAUCCAGAGCAACAACGGAUCAAAGGUGAGCUGAUACAAAAAGGUAACAGUCAAGUGGGAGAACAAAGUUCGGGGGCAGAUCAUGCUCAAAGCUCUGCUUUUAGCAUCUCGUGUAUGGACAGUUUUAUCCAGGAUAUUGGUGAAAUUAACCGUGUGCAAAGCAGCAAGGGGCGUCCUCCUCCAAAUUAUUCAAAUCGACGUCUGGAAACUCAGCCUGAUAGUGGAGUUGGCGAAAUAUGGCAGCCAGCUGGGGACUCUAAGCACACCUCCGGAGGCAGUGCAAAGGUAUUCAGUUCAAAGAAGAAAAAGCAUGUGCAAAGAGCUUUACCCCCCAUGAGUUUAAGUUUAAAGAGAUCUACCCAGUUUUCUGCCAGUCAGAAUCCCACAGGUCCUCAUUGUUGUAAAGCGUGUGGAAAGAUUUUCCAUUACAUGUACACACUGAGGACACACGCGCAAACACACACAGUGGACAAAAUCUCUAUUUGCGGAAUCUGUGGAAAACAUCUGGAGUCUACAGAGAGUUUAAUCCACCACCUGCAAAGCCACACAAAGAGAAACAAAUGUGGAAUAUGUGGAAAACAAUUUUCAAGUAAUUCCCGGCUGAAACGGCAUAGGAGAUUUCACAGGCCAAAGGGUCUAAAUGUCAUGGCAUCAGCUUAAAAACCACAGAUGGGCAAAAUCCUACAGAUGUCAUAAAUGCAUUAAAACCUGCUGUGAUUAUUGGAAUCUCAUCUACCACAGUAGAAUUUACUAAGUGGGAGAUGCCAAUCCAGUGUUGUACUAAGGGGAGAAAUGACUGUCAUAGUGUGGGGCAGUGUGUUAAUAUUUAUUUAUCAUUUUAUUCAUAUCAUACAAUUUGGUAGACUUACAAUAAAAAAACAC